GUGGCGCCGUGGCGCCGUGGCGAGGCGACUUCCACCUGCUGGAGGAGGGGCCGGGGCGGAGCUGAGCUGCGGAGGGAGGUGACGCAGGAGCUGUCCAGCGCGUCCGCUGCUGGCCCGACCCCCACCGAGGCGGACUGCGGUGGGCUCCCCGGCGGCCCCUCGGUUAAAAAUGGUCUCCGUGAUGUUCUCUACCAUGCUAUCUGGCCUGCUGUUUUGGCUGGCAAUUGGAUGGACUCCAGCAUUGGCCUAUAACCCACGGACCCCUGACCGGGUCUCAGAAACAGAUAUCCAGAGGCUGCUCCAUGGCGUUAUGGAGCAACUGGGCAUUGCGAGGCCACGGGUGGAAUAUCCAGCUCACCAGGCCAUGAAUCUUGUGGGCCCACAGAGCAUCGAAGGUGGAGCUCAUGAAGGACUGCAGCACUUGGGUCCCUUUGGCAACAUCCCCAACAUCGUGGCAGAGUUGACUGGCGACAACAUUCCUAAGGACUUCAGUGAGGAUCAGGGCUACCCGGACCCUCCAAAUCCCUGUCCUGUUGGAAAAACAGAUGAUGGAUGUCUAGAAAACACUCCUGACACAGCCGAGUUCAGUCGAGAAUUCCAGUUGCACCAGCACCUUUUUGAUCCGGAACAUGACUAUCCAGGCUUGGGCAAGUGGAACAAGAAACUCCUUUAUGAGAAGAUGAAAGGAGGACAGAGACGAAAGCGAAGGAGUGUCAAUCCUUACCUACAAGGACAGAGACUGGACAAUGUUGUUGCAAAGAAGUCUGUCCCCCAUUUUUCAGAGGAGGAUAAGGACCCAGAGUAAAGAGAAGAUGCCAGGUGGAAGCCCACACCACCUGUUAAGCCUCAGUAAUGCUUCUGUGCACGUGUUACCAGAGCCCCCAGAAAUGGCAGCAUGUUUCUUAUGUAGAUAAUUAUGGAUGAAAAGCAGCUGUAUUUUGGUAGUGCGUUGCCCUUCCCACUGAUGGCUCUGCUUUCUGCUAAAUUAAAAUAAGAGCGUUUUUGUUUUUUGUUUUUUUCAAUGUGGAUAUGCAAUGAGCACUAAAAUUAAAAUGUGUAUGUCAACAA